CGAGUUGUGCCCCCAGAAAUCAGCCGGAAAAUGUCAAAAAGCGCUAGCCGGAGGGGGAAGAUGCCGCCGCCUACGCCGAUGGACUUUUACGCCCACCUGCAGAAAUCGACGCUGGCGGCAACCGGCGGCAGCGGGCCGAACACCCCUUCUUCGUCGGCGGCGGCGGCGGCACCAUCGACGCCCACGGCGGCGGCGGGGAGUAAUCCGGCGUUGCUCUCGAAAAUAACGAGCAGGAGAAACAACAUGCCGCCGAUCAUAUUCUCGCAGUCGAUUGCCCGGAGAAAGCCGCCAGCGGUGGAGAGGAAGCUGGAGUGCACGCUGGAGGAGCUGUGCCAUGGACGUGCUAAGGUGGUCCAGAUUACAAGAGAGGUCAUUUCCAACACUGGGUUAAUAGUUGAAGAAGAAGAGUACGUGACAAUAGUGGUGAAACCAGGGUGGAAGAAGGGAACAAAGAUCACAUUCGAAGGGAAGGGGGACGAGAAGCCGGGGAUGCUCCCGGCGGACAUAACAUUCGUGAUCGAAGAGAAGAGGCACCCUGUGUUCAAGAGGGAAGGCGACGACCUCGAGUUGGGCGUCGAAAUCCCUCUUGUUCAGGCCCUCGCCGGUGGCGGCACCAUAACGGUGCCGCUACUGGGAGGGGAGAGCAUGACUCUUGACUUGGACGAUGAUGUCAUCUUUCCGGGAUACGAGAAGAUCAUACCUGGCCAAGGGAUGCCCAGACCCAAGAAGAGCAUUGUUGAUGGUGGUGGAGGACACAGGGGUGACCUUAGGCUUAGAUUCAUGGUUGGGUUUCCUGCCAAUUUGAGUGACCAACAGAGAGCCGAGGUUGCAAGAAUACUACAAGACUGUUCUUAUUGAUUAAAUAAAUAGUCAAAGAAAUG